AUGGAGUUAGUAGGGAGCCAGCUGCAGAACCUCCGUAUCCAGGACCAUAAACCACCAGCGCAGUCCCAAGGGCAGGUCCCGCCACAACACCGGCAGGGUUCAACUCACUUGCCUGGCCCUACUCAAAUCCCGACCAAUGAUCCGGAUACCGACUUUGAGCCCCCACCAGGGCCGCCUCCGAACUGGGCCCCUCCGGCCAAACAGUCUCUGAGUAUCUCGGAACCACCUGUUCCCAUUCCUCCCCAAGCCGAACAGCCAUCUCAAACCCCCAAUCUGAAGCCCACGGACCCGGUUGAGGCGGCUUCAGUGUCAUGGAAAUUCCCUAAACCACACCCCUGCGGAGUUACCCCCCUCGCUGAGUGCGCUGCCGAUGGUAUUAGUCUGGAUGCGGAUUGGUUUCACCAUCCUGCCGUACCCUCAUUAUACAUCUGUUCCCGAUGCUACGCAGAGCAUGUCUACGACCCCAGGUUCCAUCAGUCCUUCGAAAGGGUCCACAUCAAGGCGGCCGAAAGCCCAAAAUGUAGCUUUCCGUCCCGCCGGAUGAAAGAGCAGCUCUGGCCCGCGGCCCUCUCCUCCGGCGACCUUGCUCCGGUACUGGAGUACAUGAAGACGAGAGCCGCCCUCCCGCCGUGUCCCGCGGCUGCUUCAGCUGAGGGCAGAGCUUGGUAUGUCAGUUCGGAAAUCCCGGGAUCGACCAUGUGCCCGGCGUGCUUCGAGGAUGCCGGCAUCGAACCUGCGAUCCGGGAAAAGUUUACGAUGCAGACGAUUCCCAAUGGAUGUACUUGCGAUCUAGCUUGCACGUUUAUCGAUCGUUUGUUGAAGGAGACCAAGAAGAUGGAAGAAUGGAAAAACUUUGUGGAGGGUGUCAGUGCUCGUAUUUCGAUGCCCCCUUGCCCAAAGGGAGGGAAGAGAAAGGCGCAAGGACUUCCUUGGUAUCAAACUUCCGAAGGUCGUCCGAGUAUGCAAAUAUGUGUAGCUUGUUAUCUUGACUACUUUGUUGGGAAGCCGGAUGCCCAGGCCUUUAACCAGGUUGGCGGCGGAGACUACGAUACUCACUGCGACAUAGGGAAUUCGUACUUGGAGAUUGCCGCAAACACGGCCGUUUGGAAGGACGACGAGGAGAUAUUCUGGAAAGCUGCAGCGGUUGUUAGGAGCCAGCCCUGCACCACUGAAGGGAUCCAGGGGGGGAAGUGGUACACUCUCCCCAACAACCCGCCCGGGUUUGGAAUAUGCGAGGCUUGUUUCGCGGCUGUCGUUGAACCCAUGGGAGCAGAGCACUUCUUCGUCGACAAAGGAAAAUAUCCAUGGUUUGAACCGAAGAUAUUAUGCGGGUUUAAUUCCAACCACGGGCGGUUUGGCAAUUACAUGGCCCGGUUCGUCCAGAGUGCGUUAACAGGGGAUCCGAAAUAUAUCGGGGAAUACGCCGGGACGUAUGGAAACGUUCUCACCUGCCCCGGUGACCACUAUCGGCGCGGAAAGAACAGGAAAUUUUGGGGUUGGGGUGUCUCGGCCAUAUGCGAGGAGUGUUAUGUAUCCUUUGCAAAGGGUACUGCCUUAGAGGGGAGAUUCGCCCUCAAAGGGGAUCCAGAUCCCAAAGGUCGGAUGUGUGAUAUGUAUUCACCGCGGAUGAGGAAGCUCUACAUGGAGGCCUGCGAGACUGGGGACCUCGAGGGGUUUCUAGCAAUCGCCAACCAGCGGCACGAAGUCUGGUGCGCCACGGUUGCCGUCUGUGACCGGAUCCAGGCGGACAUGCAGAUGGCUGCCUUCCAAGCCAACCGGCUUCGGUCCUCGUCCACGUUCUACAACUUCCUUGGCCACUCAGUGGACAACACGAUCGGUCACAGCUACACCGUUGGUAACUCGUACGCGGGGUACGGGCAUGCCAACGACUACUUGCUGACCGGGGCCACUAUGGCGAAGCAGGCCCAGGAGGCGUCGAAUGAGGCCAUGAGCUUGUCGGGCCCGGCCCGGAUGGCGAUGUUGAGGCGGCAGUGGGCCCAGGUGGAAUGA